AUGAUGGAUCUGUCACAGAUUGUCGAGUGGAGCAGAGAAGAGAGUGUUGAUGUCUCACAUGCUAUUGUUUUGAGCAAUGUUCCUUUGGACGCCAGUAACGACACUAUUGGAAAGGUGUUAAACACAGUAAAAGUUUUUGGUCGCACUAGAAUACGUGGUCGCCGUGGUGAUGUAACUGGCAGGUGGUCGUUUAUUUUAGUGGAGACCAGUGCUGAUCUAGAUUCUGAUGUUAUACCUCCUGAGAUAGGUAUAGAAAAUGAAGCUGGACCCUGGAGUUUCAAUUUAGUGGGUAGUCUAGUAGCCCAUGGCCCUGCCUCAAAAGGUGAUACAUUCCAGCUCAAGCUGCAAGCCUUGUUACAGCAGGAGGGCAAGUCUAUGGAUGAAGUGAAGGCCAUGAUUUUGGAAAAUAAGCCUCCUAAAUCUGACAUCAGUGUUGACCUAGUUGAUGCCAUAGGCAAAUUAGUAGAUCGGUGUAAUCAGGUGUCUAGUGAUGGGCCUAGUUACAGAAAACUGAGGUUGUUCUCAGGGUUAAAACCUGUCCCUCCAGGUGAGGAAGAGUAUGAAGUCUGGAUGGAGCAGGCCGGUCAAAUGAUAAGUGAAUGGCAAUGCACCGAAUCUGCAAAGAAGCAACGCAUCGUUGAGAGUUUGCGAGGUCCCGCUGCUGAUAUUGUCAGGUUUCUUAAAGUGAGUAGCCCAUCAGCAACUGCAAAUGAGUACUUAGCUGCCCUUGAGACUGUAUAUGGAACUACUGAGAGUGGGUCUGACCUCAUGGCUAGAUUUCGUCAUAUCUACCAGGAAGGUGGAGAGAAACUUUCAGCUUUCUUGUACCGCCUAGAUAAACUUCUCCACAGAGCCUUGUUGAAGGGUGGGAUUGAGGCAGCUGGUAUAAAUAUAGCUAGAAUGGAGCAGCUAAUUAAGGGGGCUCUUACCAAUGAUAUGGUUGCUUUGCAAAUCAGAAUGACUCACACUCUGCAAGAUCCCCCUUCUUUCUCACAGUUGAUGAAGGAAGUGCGAGAGGAAGAACAUUAG